AUGUGGAACAUAGUAGAACAAGGGAACUUUAUUCCCAUGGACCCUAAUAUAAGUCUUCCAAAAGAGGAAGAUGCCCAUACAACCAAUGAUGAAAAGAAAUUGAGUUUAAAUUAUAAAGCUGUAAAUAUUUUGUUUUGUUCUCUUGAUGCUACAGAGUUUGGAAGAGUUUUGCCAUGCAAAACGGUCAAAGAUGCUUGGGAAAUCCUUCCAACAACUUAUGAAGGAACAAGUCAAGUGAAUGAAUCAAAGAUUGAGAUGCUAUUCCGUGACUGUGAGCUAUUUGAGAUGAAAACCGGAAAAAGCAUCACAGACAUGUACAAAAGGUUUUCCAACUUCAUGAACGACCUCAAGGGUCUUGGAAAGAGUUUUGAAACUCUUGAGCUUGUAAAGAAAAUCCUUCAUUCAUUGUUGGAAAGUUGGACAAUGAAAAUCACCACUAUCUCACCAAAAUGA